AUGACUACUACCUUACAGCUGGUGGCUUUUUGUGCAUUGGUGGGGUUACAGUUGGCAUCCAAGACGGAGCGGGCGGUGCUGCUUCCCUGUGAGUCAGGCCAGUACACCAAGGAUGGAGAAUGCUGCCAGCAGUGCCCACCUGGAGAAGGUGUGGUGCAGCAGUGUGGAGCCACUCAGACCGUCUGUGGCCAGUGCUUGGACAGUGAGACCUUCUCAGAGAGCUACAGCCACACGGAGCAAUGCCAGCCCUGCACUCUGUGCACCGACCUGAUGCGGAUGGACACGCCCUGCACCGACUCCAACGAUGCCAUUUGUGUCUGUAACUACGGCUACUUCUUCAGCAACGUGGCUGAACGCUGCGAGCCCUGUACCGUGUGCCCAGCGGGCCAGGGCGUGUUGGCACACUGCGAACACAACCACGACACGGUGUGUGAGGAGUGUGUGGACGACACCUACUCUGACCGGGAUAGCUCCCUUGACCCCUGCCUGCCCUGCACCAUCUGCGAUGAGGGCAUCGAGACAGAGGUGGCAGUGUGCACGCCUGUCAGCGACUCUGUCUGUCAUAAUCCUCACUUCCGUACAUUUACUUCUCCCACCUCUGACCUGGGCCCAUCGCCUCCCCCUUUCACGGACUACUUCCUCCCGGACGGCUCCGACAGCCCCUUGCCGGGGGAAGAGAUGACCACGGCCAGCCCUGGCUCCCCUCGCUUCCUUGGCCACGGCUUCAACGAAAACCUGAUCCCCAUCUACUGCUCCAUUCUGGCUGCUGUAGUGGUGGGCCUGGUGGCCUACAUCGUCUUUAAGAGGUGGAAUAGCUGCAAGCAGAACAAGCAGGCGGCUAACAACCGCGCGGCCACAGCAAACCAGACGGUGACGCCGGAGGGGGAGAAGCUGCAAAGCGACAGCGGCAUCUCGGUGGACAGUCAGAGUCUGCAGGAGCAGCAGCAGCAGGCCCAGGCUCAGGUCCAGACCCAGCCGUCACAGUCACACACACAGGAGCAAAUAGUGGUGAGGGUGGAUGGUGGCCCCCAGCCCGACUCACCUCCCCCAGAAGUCUGAGGAAGAGGAGGAGGAAGAGGAGGUGGAAGAGCUGAAUACAGGGAGAGGAGAAUAGGGGCCCGAAUGGGAGCUGUGGACUAAAGGAAGUAGGGACUCAUAGGAAACGCAAACUGCCUGGGCAGCCCCAACGUCACCCAUUCAUACCUGAAAUGGCCACAGAGCAAAGACUUGACUUGUACGUGUCCAACUCUCCCCGUCUGGACGUCCGACUGGGGCCACAGUCUGACUCCUCAUCUCGGUGUGGAGUCUAACUCUAUCAGUGUGCCUGGACACAACCUCUACGGCAAUAUCAACCACUAACUAUACCAAUGCCACUUCACCUGUAAAGCUGCAGAUGCAUAACAAUACAGUACGUCACUUAUUAACCGAAUAUCCUGAUUCUAGUAUCUCGUGUUGACAGCAUCACAUAAUGAAGCACUUACUAACUGCCAACCUAAUAUCCUCUAACCCCUUCCUAAGUUUGUUUUUUUGUUUCCUGUCCCGAUCCCAUGAUCACUAGCCAUGAAGUGUACGUGCCUAAAAGAUAAAUAGGCAGAAAGGAACUCUCUUUUUAUUGCCCGUCCCGCUCUCUCUCUCAGUAUUUCUGCAUCAAAGGAACAGCGCUGCUUUUCCUCAGUGUCACUCACAUCUUCUUCUCCGUUGCCCGACUGUGGCAUUUCAUUCUCUGAUAACCCUAUGUCUCUCUCCAUAGGAUUCACUCUGUUAGUACCCCACUGUUAUCUGCGAUAUGAAACACAGCGGGGAAGCCAUGAGUCAUUCCCAACCUCUGAAGUUUCCCAUCCUUUUAUCAUUAACCGCAGACGCAUUUUAUUACACGGUGUCUCGUAAAAUGUUUGCGUCACUGUUUCUGAUCUCCUGUCUACCGAUCGUCUUGUCGCAAGAGACUCAUAUUCAGUAAGCGGAGGUCACUUCCUGCAUAACCUGGUUAGCAUUCACUGAUUUGUUCCCCGGCGUGACGCGUCUCCCUCUGCUCCCCUGGCCCUGAUGGGUGUCCCCUCUCCAACAUGGACCCCCUUCACAGCGCCUCAUGGGGAUUGCAUUUCAGUAAUUUCAUGCCUAGAACAUAACACGCCCAAAUGUUUCUCUCCUGUUUGUGGUACAUCAGCUUCAUUUUGUGGUUUGGGUUACAUGGCUGAUUCAGCAUGGUGCCGCCUCUGGUGCACCUUCUGUGGAGCUGGGAUGUGCAACAUGAGAGAAACAUCUCUGGACUGUUGAGGGCCGCUGACUGAUUGCGAUGAUGUGGCGCCUGUGAGGGGUAGCGAUGCUGUUCAGGCACCAAAAAAGGAGCUCUGACGUCAUCGGGGACCCGGCAAAAAAAACCAAAACAAAAAAAACAGUGACUAAAUAUGUGUGGCUAGGAUUUCCCUCUGUCAUUUGUCACACGUACUGAGUGGAAAAGUCGAACACCUAUUUUUCAAUAUCCCAAACACAGACAGGCGUAGAGAACCACACGCACACACCACUACACUCACCGUCUUGCAUAAAGUUCUGUCAGCAUGAUAAGAGCCUGAUAAACAGUGCUGAGGCGCUAAUGCAUCAGCAGCGGCGCUCAUGUCAACACAGGGCCCAUUAGAGAGACAUCUUGACAGGCAGGUAGUAAUUACCUCAGGGUUUCAGCUUCAUUUACCCUCGACCCAGCUAGGCCGCCUCACCGCGGGAUUAAUGUUGUGGACAGCAGCAGGGCGCUCUUUGUGACAUUAUAGAUCCCUGAUCUGAGUUCAGGGGCUAUUGACAUUUACUGUAUGUACUGGUGAUAUGAAAGCACUUAGACUGGCCCCCACUUCCAAGGCUAUAAGCGGCUCCUUUUUACCACCCAAGACCACUUUAAACCCCGCACCCUCACAUUUCCCCUACAUGCAGCGUAGAUAUCAUGUGAGAAAUGUACUGCAGCUGAGCUUGAUUGAACUGCCUCACCAAUCAGAUUUCAUUCCCACAGGGGCACGUGCAGUACUUUCUCAGGGGGGCUAUCUUGAUGCGGUAUGAAUGCAAAAUGUCGGCAGAUCUGUUGGGUUUUGCCGGAGAUAAAACUGUAAAAGCGUUCGAGGUAGGUGGAGCCACUGAGUCGUGCUCUCAGAUAGAAAACGCAGUGGUGGUGUUACAGGGCGUCGAAAAGGUACGGGUCACUGUGGAUAAGCAUUAUAGCAGUGCAUUAUUCCAGCAUAAUUCAGAUGUAGAGUAGUAUAAUGGAUAAAUAAGAGUUUUUAAUUGUCAGCGCUGAGAGUGUGGAGACAGAGAGAAGCAGAGUGAGUGAGUCAUGUUACAUCCUCUGUGGUGCAGCAUGGGAUUGGUCAUAUGAUUGCCAAGCAUUCUGAUAAUUAACCGUAGAGGGUUUUGGGGGCUUUUCAAAAGUGAUUCAUCUAACUUUUUGAAUGGAGACAAAUAAAAACUCCACUGUGUGGGGCUCACAGCACCUCUGCUUCUGUGAGCAUGCGGUGUGGAUGUGUGACCGCUCUUUGUAGCACACACACGCAGAGUGACACAGAGUGGCGGGCUAUGACUCACUCCUCUAUUGACCUCCGCUAUGAUUAAUCCUGAUCCAAACAGUGCCAGAGAGAGUGAGGCAGGAAGCUGCUACAGUAUGAAUGACCUGAGCACUGAUUCAAAGCAAAACAAACUCCUUGACUUUGCGUCCCCCUGAGGCCCGAUCAGUCCUUCACGACAGCAGAUACAGCUACACUGAACUGGGUCUCGCUCCUACUCUCUUGCACAGAGGCAGCUUGUUAAGUGAGACACACAUUGUAAGAAUGUACAACCCGAAUAUAAACAUAAAUAUGCAAGAUAUGUUCAUGGACAAUGUUUAAUUUUAGCCUCAUUCAUUUUUCUUGCAAAUUGAUUUUGUUUUUAUAGUUCCCUCUUUGUUUUUAUUAUGAAUGGUAUUACACAAUUUUGAAAUCAGUAUUUUUUCUAAAUGAUAUGUUAUUUUGUAGCACUUAGUCGAUGUAAUAUGAACACACUCAAAGAGUGUACUGCAGUUCAAGUGCCUGUGUACAGUGUCAGGUAUCUUUAAGUUCAGAAGUUUGACUUUCUGUUUUGUAUUUUAUUCCACUUAUUUUGUUAUCAGUGUGUUUGUUUGCUAUUUUGAGAGCUAAUGAAGGUUUUCAGUAAAUAGUCUUAGCCGGAGCUAUAGACAUACCUUGGAUCUUUUACGACUUCAACCAAACUACAUUCAUGUAAAUGUGCAGACACAUGCCAGAUACUGUAUGCACCGCCACAGAGACUUACAAUAGGUUGUCAUCUGCCACUUAUUUUCUAACAUGAAGAAACAUGCCGGCUCUGUCAGCCAGCAGGGUCAUGUAGCAUUACAAAAACCUGUACAUGUGACCUAAGACUUCUAUUCUAAAAUCCACACAUUCUUUAGUGUAGAAAUCAGUUCUACUGUACAAAGGUUUUCACACAUAUAAAAUGCAUGUACAGUAUGUUUCAUCAUAUAUAAUUACUGUACCUCUUUUUCAGAGCUGACAAGACAUGUCCAAUCCGCUAUAACCUGAAAACAAUGGGGAG